UGUCUGCCUUCACUGGACAUGAAAAACGACCUCUCCGAGAGGAGUUUGACUGAUACAAAGAGCAAGUUUUGAAUGAAUUAUGGACGGGUGACAUUUCUCCCUCCCAGGCGCAUGCAGAUGGGCUUUUUCUGAGUAGAGCGGGUUUGUCAGCCUUUGUUGAUGUUGUUAGUAAGUUGCAGCUCGGAGGGCGUUGCAAGCCAUGAGAUUCCACCCUUACGUCAUCAAGAGCGGAGCCUAGAAGGGACGCAUAUCGCCGCUUCCGAGGGCUGCGCCUUUAAAUAUUGGAGUCAGUGCUCCAAUGGUUUUUUAGAGGCAUUGCAGACUUCAGCGCAGGGGAAGAGACAGGUGCUAGCGAAUCCUGGAAUCACUUGGCACAAUAUGACAUCAAGGAUCUGAAGUGUCAUUUCGUCGAAAGCAUUUUUAUUUUCGUACUGUGAAGAAGACAUGCCGGAGCAGAGCAAUGACUACCGAGUGGUGGUGUUCGGCGCAGGGGGUGUGGGCAAGAGUUCCCUGGUGCUGCGCUUCGUCAAGGGGACCUUCCGCGAAAGCUACAUCCCCACGGUGGAGGACACGUACCGGCAGGUGAUCAGCUGCGACAAGAGCAUCUGCACGCUGCAGAUCACCGACACCACGGGCAGCCACCAGUUCCCCGCCAUGCAGCGCCUGUCCAUCUCCAAGGGCCACGCCUUCAUCCUGGUCUACUCCAUCACCAGCAAGCAGUCGCUGGAGGAGCUCAAGCCCAUGUUCGAGCAGAUCAUCCAGAUCAAGGGCGACAUGGAGAACAUUCCCAUCAUGCUGGUGGGGAACAAGUGCGACGAGACCGCGGGCCGAGAGGUGGAGACGCCCACGGGAGAGGCCAUGUCCAAGAAGUGGAAGUGCGCCUUCAUGGAGACCUCGGCCAAGACCAACCACAACGUCAAGGAGCUGUUCCAGGAGCUGCUCAACCUGGAGAAGCGACGGACUGUCAGCCUCCAGAUCGACGGCAAGAAGAACAAGCAGCAGAAGAGGGCGGAGAAGCUAAAGGGGAAAUGUGUGGUUAUGUAGGGUUAGGGUAAGACGCCAGUGGACAGGGGAUGGGUUGGACGGGGUAAGGGGGGGGGGGCGAAUCUAACAUACUCUCCUGCGCCCCCAAACAAGGACGUAGACUAGAAUUCUUAGUGACGGUGGCAACAUAAGACAUACACACACACACACACACGCCCACGCACUCUUCAUGAUAUAUCUGUUUGUGCUUGAAGUUUACACGGGGAGGGUCGCUGGAGGAGGACAUGCCACACUCGACCAUGUAGUAGCUUUGCACGGAGACAAGGAAGUUGAGACAUUCGUACGGUUCUGUCGGACUCACUUGUACAGUGCAAGACCAAACAUCUACAGUGCUCCCCAAUACUCCUCGAGCACUCUGAACCACUCACAAGAAGAAGCGUUGAGGAGCUCAAUGUCCCCAGUCCCCGGCAGAAAGGGAUUUAAUAUCACUGACUGUGCAUUUGUACCAGUGGAAGGUCUCAACGCCCACCUUACUGCUCGGCAACCUACCCCCUUCAUGACACGUCACACGUUUGGAUGGCAGUAGGUGAUAUGGUGCAUGGGAUAUUUGGCUGACUUUUAGAGGUAGCCUUAAUCAUUAGAAAUGGUUGAACGUGUUUAUUUUGGAUUUGGACUGUUGUAUGAAUUACAUACAAAUGCCCCACGCAGAGCAGUGCUAUACGAGCAAUACUUGUGAAUGUCCAGGGAAUUAGAUUAGUAAAGAUCAGAGUAAACUACAUGAGUUUUAGCUUUCCCCAAAUGACCCCUAAAAUGCUGUGUGCGUUGAUUAUAGUAUUGUGAUUAUUUUGUAUUUUAUUUUUAUAUUUAUUUGCCUAAUGUAAAAGGCUAUUUUUGGUCUACAUUCAGAAAUAUAUAUAUAUAUAUAUAUAUAUAUAUAUAUAUAUAUAUGUAAACUAAUUUAUGAGGACUAACACGUCUGAAAUGGUUUUGACUUUUAAGGGUGGUUAGCUGUUGAAAUAGCUUAUUUUCACCAGAAUUACAACUCUAAUGUCUUGCCCCUUUAUGUUGUGUCAAUGACAAAGAAAAAACUGGUAAAGAAAUGUGGCAAUACUAGCCUGAUUGUGCCAGAAAGACUGGUUAGGCUUUGUUCUCCCAACCUAAGCUAACCGAACGCUUUCAAUCUAAAUAACCGAAACUAUUUGAAUCAAUAUAUAAAAGUAACAGAUUGCCUUGCA